AUGAGACAAAACUUGAAAUAUUUUGAUAAAAUGAGAUGCUUGCGGAAACGAUCAGCAGUGUCGUUCUUAGGAGUCCUUGUCAUUUGCUUGCUGUUCAUGAACUUGUACAUUGAAGAUGGUUAUGUUUUGGAAGGGGACAAGCAAUUAAUCAGAGAAACAGCCACGCACCAGCUCAACCCAGAGCGCUAUGUUCACACUUUUAAAGAUUUGUCUAAUUUCUCAGGAUCUAUAAACAUUUCCUAUCGCUACCUAGCUGGCACGCCUUUGCCAAGGAAAAGGUAUCUUACAAUUGGGCUAUCCUCUGUGAAACGGAAAAAGGGAAACUACUUGCUUGAGACCAUCAAGUCCAUAUUUGAGCAGUCAAGUUAUGAGGAACUCAAAGAAAUCGCAGUGGUAGUGCAGCUGGCAGAUUUUGACUCAGCCUGGUGUGAAGGGAUCGUCCAGGAUAUUUCACAGAAAUUUGCACAUCACAUAAUUGCGGGCAGAUUAAUAGUUAUUCACGUCCCUGAGGAGUAUUAUCCUGUACUGCAUGGCCUCAAGAGAAAUUACAACGACCCAGAGGACCGUGUGAAGUUUCGAUCCAAACAAAAUGUAGAUUAUGCCUUCCUUCUUAACUUUUGUGCUAAUCUUUCUGACUAUUAUGUGAUGCUAGAAGAUGAUGUUCGCUGUUCAAAGAACUUUUUGACUGCUGUUAAGAAAGUAAUUACCUCACGAGAAGGAUCCUACUGGGUGACUUUGGAAUUCUCCAAACUGGGGUACAUUGGAAAGCUUUACCAUUCCCAUGACCUCCCACGCCUGGCCCAUUUUUUGUUGAUGUUUUACCAAGAAAUGCCUUGCGAUUGGCUGCUCAUCCACUUUCGUGGGCUGUUAGCUCAAAAGGAAGUGAUACGUUUUAAGCCAUCUCUGUUCCAGCACAUGGGAUACUACUCAUCUUACAAAGGAGCUGAAAACAAACUAAAGGAUGACGAUUUUGAAGAGGAAUCAUUCGAUAUCCCUGACAACCCACCUGCAAACCUGCACACCAACAUGAAUGUAUUUGAAAACUAUGAGGCAAGCAAGGCUUACAGCAGCAUUGAUGAGUACUUCUGGGGCAAAGCUCCUUCUACUGGAGACUUCUAUGGGAUUGUAUUUGAAAAGCCCAUUAAAAUCAGUAAAAUUAAAGUUGUCACUGGAACUGAAGACCGGCAAAAUGACAUUUUGCAUCAUGGGGCCCUGGAAGUAGGAGAAAAGAUUGUAGGGAGUAAAAAAGGGAGACAAUGUACUACUUACUUGAGACUAGGGGAAUUCAAAAAUGGGAAUUUUGAAAUAACAGACGUAGAGCACAAAGUUCUGUUUGAUAUUAACUGCAUGAGAAUACUUGUUACCAAAAGUCAAAAAGAAUGGUUGAUCAUUAGGAGCAUUAGUGUCUGGACUUCACAAACACCAAAUCAAUAA